AAUUACUGAAAGGGGUAAAUUCGUGUGGCCCCCGGAGAGGAGGGGACGAGUUCCUUUCCGAUGGCAAUAAAAGAGGAGCGAUAGGGUUUCGAGGGCAUUUGCCAUUGUCGACCUCCUCCUCCUCCUCUUCCUCCGUCGAUCAGUUCGCUUCCUUUCCCCGCAUUUAUUUGCCCUCCGAUUGCGAUCGAGAGUGGGGUUUGGGUGAUGUGCUUCGCCUCGGUGCGUGGGGAUUUGGCGGUGUGACGAUGCCCGCCGCGGAUUUCCAUGGCUCAUCGGCCCCCUUCGCCCUGGCGGGCCGCACGCUCCUAAGCCUCCGACGCGAUCACUCCGCCAAUCCGAUGGAUCGUCGCCACGCCGAUGCCGGCGAGCAGCGGGAGCUGGACGCUUUUCAGCAACAGGUAGCGGACCUCUUUAACGACCUCGCAGGCGGAGACGACGAGAUUCUAUCAAUUUCCUGGUUGCGGAGGCUUCUGGACACAUUCCUCGUGUGCCAGGAGGAAUUCCGGGUGAUUCUAUUAGGCCACCGUCGUCCGCCGGCCAUGAUCGACCGACUGGUUUCCGACUUCUUCGAGCGCGCCGUGAAGGCGCUCGACAUUUGCAACGCCGUGCGCGACGGCAUCGAGCAGGUGCGACAGUGGCGGAAGCACAUCGAGAUCGUGCUCGUGGCCCUCGACCCCCAGCAGCGAGAAUUCGGGGAGGGACAGCUUCGCCGGGCCAAGAAAGCGCUUUGCGACAUCGCUAUCCUCAUGCUCGACGAGAAGGACUCGGGCUCCGUCGUUUCCCACCGCAACCGUUCCUUCGGCCGCAACGGGGGCUCCUCCUACGCGUCAAGCGGCGGCGGGCCUGGUGGCCGCCGCUCGCACUUCCGCUCCCUGUCCUGGAGCGUCUCCCGUUCAUGGUCCGCGGCGCGACAAUUGCAAGCCAUCGCGAACAACAUAUCCGCGCCUCGGACCCACGAAGUGGCUGAAACCGCUGGAUUCGUCGUGCCUGUUUACACGAUGAACUCGGUCCUCACCUUCGUGAUGUGGUCUCUGGUGGCGGCGAUCCCCUGCCAGGACCGCGGCCUACAGAUCCACUUCUCCAUUCCUCGGGCUUACCUGUGGGCGCCCCCUUUCUUGACCCUCCAUGAGAAAAUAGUAGAGGAGUCCAAGAAGAAGGAGCGGAAGAAUUCUCUUGGCCUGUUGAAGGAAAUUCACCUGAUCGAGAAGUGCGUUCAUCACUUGAUGGAAGUGAUAGAUGUUGCCCAGCUUCCUUUGACAGAGGAGAAGGAGAUGGAGGUGAGGCAGCAGAUGCAGGAGCUGGCCCAAAUCUACGAAACUGUAAAGGAAGGCCUUGAACCAUUGGAACGGCAAGUCAGAGAAGUUUUCCUUCGCAUCGUACGAAGCCGCACUGAGGGAUUGGAUUGCUUGAAGAUUUCUGAUUGAGUUCGUCUCUUUGUGGAUUUUCUACUAAACAUUGAUGCUGAUGUUAUAUGAAUAUAGUCUUCUUAGAUUCGGGGUGCCAAGCUGUAUGGCCAGUGACAAACCUCCUGGAAAGGAAGAAUUAAGAGAUGGAUGGAUGGAAUGUUUUUCUUCCACAAAUAAAUCAGCAGGCAAUGUCUUGUAUCAUGCAUUCUGUGAAAGAAAAUGAUUGGAUUCAAAUUUGUGGAUCUGAUGAUGAUCCAUUGCCA